UCUUUUUACAUUUCUGAUUCGUAUAUCAAAUAUAUAUGCCUGUCAACAGAUAUGUAAAUAUUUGCUUCUUUUUCUUAAAGGUUGACAAACGGAUUACGAAUGGGAUUAACCUGUCUGAGAAAGUUUGUUUAUAUGCCAGAGGUCCUUCUAAUGUGGUUAAGCAUUAUGGAGGCUACUGUGUCAACGGCUUUAGAUUUAACAUCGUCGGUCUUGAAGAGAGAUGACAAACGCAAAACAGCGGUGUGUUUUGCUCCUUCUCGCAACUGUCAUACGCUAGUGCAAAAGACCUAAAUCCGAUACAAGGGGAAAUCUAUUGCUACGGUCAGGUAGAAGACAUCGUGGCGAUUUUCUAUGGGAUUAAUAAGGAAGUCAGUCAUGUGAUGUUUAAGGUUCGUUGGUGUGAACAGAAAAAGGUGAAUGAUGACUACGGUUACACAAUCGUUAAUCUUAACAAGGAAAUAUAUCAGUCUGAAAAAUACAUGUUAGCUGCUCACGCCAAACAGUGCUUUUAUGUCAAAGAUAUAAUGAAAAAUGACGAAUGGGUUAUCCUUAAGAAUCCGCCUAGAGCCUACAUUCAUGAAGUCGUGUCUGACGAAGAUCAUGAUGAGGAGGUUAUCUUGGCCGACGAAAUAGCCGAGGAGUUUUCAUUGACACAAAAUAAUAAUCUGGACGAUGAAAUUGCACUAGCGCGCCCUGAUGUACCUGCGAUUAUAUGUGAGCCAAGGCGUAAAGGUAAAAAACCUGUCCACAGUGGAGUCGAUAAAACUAUAAGAACAGUCCUUUCGUUGGCACGCACACGGUCGCAGGCUAUCCGCACACGAUCGCAGAGUAGAGCCUCAACAUCAUCUGUUUGACUGGUUAUCAUGUAUCACGAUUAUCAUGUAUUAUAUUAUUACAUUUAUAUUAUCUGGUUGACUGGUUAUCAUGUGGAUGUGUCAUGUAUUAUAUUAUUACCUUUAUAUUAUCUGUUUGACUGGUUAUCAUGUAUCACGGUGUGUCAUGUAUUACAUUAUUGCCUUUGUAUUAUCUGUUUAACUAGACAUCAUGUACAUGCGAUUCUGUUGCUAUGUGCUAUUUUAUUAAUAAUUUGCAUUAUAUACUUUUGUUGAAUAUUCAUUAUGUUUUCAAAGUAUAGAUGACAAAAGGAUUACGUAAGAAAGAGCUUGAGAGACUAUUUGGUAGACAUUCUGAAGGCGACGCACAUGCCUCUACGUCAGGAGGAGGAGAUGCUACACAUGACUCGCAGCCACAGGACACAUCACGCGGAGAUGCUCCACGUGACGUGGAGACACAGGCUGAUCCUACACAGCAUGCGAAGAUACCACCGCCACCGCAUGCAAAUGUAUUGGAGGAGAGGAGAUUUGAGCCGUAUAGCGCAGCUUUAGAAGCUGCGGCACUACCUCCAGAUUCUAUUACGGAUCAGCGAGUCCACGGUCCGACCAAGGUGAGGGGGGAAUGGGAUUCUUAUCAUGCGGUGCGCCCUAUCACGCAUCAUAGGUACGAACAAGCAAAGCGUAGAUGCCUCGAACUGAAAGGUACCGGGCGACCUCCUAUACGCGGCCGCAAUGCUACUAAGGAAACGAACCUCAUCCUCGAUAUUAAUCGGAGGGCUGUGAUCCGAUGGGAAAACGGAGUGCCUAUCGGGGCCUUUGCCAAUACUUUCAACAAUUUUCUUGCCGCUUUAGCCAAGAGACAGGAUUUCUUCAAUAUUUUUUUGACGUGGAAAGCGCAGCGGAUUGAUGCGCUGGUGGCUUGUUGGAGAUAUAUAUGUCGAUUUUUCUUUCUUGACGAUAAUAUUUGUGCCUGGACGUACUGCUUCGGGCAAAUCAAUUUAUCGUUCAAGAGAUGGUGGUUUGAGGUAAAGAAGAAAUAUUUUGUCCAAAUAACAGAAGAUUGGGAGCGAUUCUGACAUCUUGACGAGCGUGUGGAUGGAGUAGAUUUUUUUGCACUUUGCCAUUACUGGGACACGGCUAAAAUUCAGGCUCAAGCCGAAAUAGCAAGGAGGAAUCGCAACGCGCCUCGCAGUUACGAGCAUCACGGGGGCUCCAGGUCCUUUAGCCAGCAUUAUCAGCAAUUAGAGCUUGAGGGAAGAGGAGAUCUCAGACAUUUUGCAGAUCGUAUUCUGACUUCCUGGAGCCUGAAUUACGCCGUUGAAGAGAAGAAAGCAAAGAAUAAGAAUUUGUGUGAGAAAUUACAUGUCAAGGUACAGGAGCAAAUGACUCAGUCUCAGGUCUGUUCUAACACUCCUGCCCGGCUAAAUAGGGAGGAUGAGGACUCCAUCAUCGAGACGGUCAUUGGACCCAGUAGGAAGAACAGAUACCGGUGGAGAGGAUCCGAG